AUGCAAGACCAGCCGUUUCGUGUCAUUGUCAUUGGCGCCGGGCCAGCUGGACUGUAUCUGGCCCGAGCUCUCGGCGCAGCGAAAAUCGACUACGUCGUUCUUGAACGAGCUCUAUCGACAUUUCUCGAGCGUGGAAAUCACCUCCUACUCUUCCCUCACACCGUACGGCUACUGCAUCAACUAGGGCUCUAUGACGAGGCCAAGAAGCGCUCGUACAGGCUGCGUAGGAAGGUCGACAUCACAAAAAGUGGUUAUGUGCUGAGUGAUUAUUCCAUGUGGGAUCUACUGGAAGAAAGGCACGGCUACCCCACGCUACCAAUCCAACGAUACGAUGUGCUCGAGAUGUUCUACAAAAGCAUUCCAAACAAGGAACACCUCAUCAAAACAGGAGCCAAGGUCACGAGCAUAAAUGAAACCGACCAAGGCGUUGAAGUCGAGCUGGAAGACGGCACAGUUGAGACUGGGUCUGUUGUGAUUGGCGCCGACGGAGUCCAUGGUAUGACCAAGAAGUACAUUGAGGAGGCCGUGUCCAGAGCCGCGACGGAGGCCACCGACACCCCCCGGUUUGAUAUUCCAACGACUUCUCAGUACUAUAGCAUUUAUGCCGAGGGUACCAACACUAAGAAGAUUCCCAGCGGCAUCUUCUACGAGACCAGAGACACGGGAAGGGCCAUCCAGCUAGGGGCAGACGAUGAUACGUUGCGAAUCGUCCUGUACAGAAAGCUUCCUCAGCAGAUGGCUGGCCCGGUUUCGUAUACGGCAGAGCAAACGGAGGAGGUCGCGGAGGCCCUUUUUGACAUGGCAGUCGCUCCAGGGGUAACACUCGGAGAGAUUUGGCCCGACUUCCACAAACACACCGCUCGGCUGGUGAAUCAAAAUGAAGGCUUCACCAAAUAUUGGCACACCGACCGGGUUGUGAUCACCGGCGACGCGACUGUGUGCACCUCGAGCGUCAAUGGACUAGGCGUCAAUUGCGGCCUGCAUUCGAGCGUAGCACUCGCCAACCAGCUUCAGCAAGCCGUGUUUUCGUCGGCCGGAAACCCAAGCACCGAAUCACUGAGAAAGGCAUUUGCCCGUUAUCAGUACAUCCGCGAGCGGGAGCUCAAGGCCAUCUACAUUCAAGCUUACUCAAGCAUGCGUCAGUUAACGUGGGACUCAUGGAAAGAUUGGUUCAUCGACCGGUUUUUGAGGCGCUGGAUCGGUUCAGACUUCUUUGUAAGGAAAUAUUUGAACCCCUUGGUCUGCAAAGGCCAGAUCCUGUCCUAUGUUCCAUUUGAGGGAGUGGCGGCCCUCUUGCCAUGGAAGUGGACUCCAGAAAAAGAACUCUGA